AAAAAGCUAUUUUCUAAAUAAAUAAACAGUCUGAAUUUAACUGAACAAAAUUCUUGUUCUUCGAUAAUAAAUAAAUAAACUUAUUUAUAAUUCUUAAAUUUGGCUGCAGAAAACAUCGAUGUUUGCCAUUGAAUUGAAUUAAACGAUUAUUGUUUUCCACCCUUAUUAUUUGACAGCUGCGAGCCGGUUGUAAUAAAAGAAAACAAUCGACAUGUUGCGUGCAUUUUGCUCUAUCUUCGUAUUAAAAUUAAUUAUUUGCACUUCUGAAGGCCAUCGAGAUGAUGGUAAAAUCUUAUCCAAGGCAGCAACAUUUCAUUUUCCGGAAUACGCAUAUAAGGAAACAAGCAAAAACGAAAUUACUUAUCACGACUAUGAGCUAGCGUGUGGUCAGAAUUCCCUAUGCGUUAAUUUCAACUCGGCUAUGGUAGCCAAAUUAAAUUGUCUGAGGCGUUGCAUAUCGCCAUCGUGUUAUCAAGAUAUCUAUGCAUUCGAUGAGCUAGAAGAGGGUGAAAUCGAUGUCCGAAUGAACUCGUUUAAAGGAUGCGUUAUACAGCGCAUGUAGCACAAGGCCCCAAUCCUGUAUCGGUUGUAUUUGACUAACUAUCUACAGGAGUUGCAAUGGAAGAUAUCCGAGUAUAUUUAUAAAUGAAUAUAGAGCUAUGCCCGUGAAACUAACCAAGGCAGCUAUCAAGUAUUAACAUGCACAAUUUAGUAAAAUGAUAUUGUGAAUUCAUCCAAUCUUGGAGGAUGGCACCGAUAUAAUCAUAUAUGUAUGUACGUAAAGGUUAUUAGGAUCAAAGUUCAGAUUGAACAGGCAUUAAUGCACAGAUACGAAUAAAAAAUAGUUGAAGUAGCAAAUUAAAUGAUAUGUACUCGAUCUCAAAUACUUAAAACAAGACACAAUUUUAUAUGUACUUAGAUUACACUAAUUCUCAGACAAGUUUUCCUUAAGCUAAUCCACCGCACGCUUAACAAUACUGUAAUUAAAUCAAAUCAAAAAACAUUGCGAAUAUAUCACAAACAGACCUAAUAGUCAUGUGUAUAAUUGAAUUUAAGUAAAGCUGUCAAAAAUUGCACUUGAUGGAGAAAAUAUUCCCU